AAAACGCAUUAGCGUGUUAGCAUGAGAGAAAGAUGCUUUUGCCUAUAAAAAGAAAUGAAAAAAAAAAAAGAUUCUUUUGCAAAUGGUGCAAUAUUGCAGCAACGCUCUUGAGAUGUCCAUUCAUUAGAAGAGCAUUAAUGAAUUGCUCUCUUUUCUUCUAGUAUAACCUCUUCACUUGUGGAGCACAAUGAGAAAAAAAGGUACAUGGGAUAGAAAUAAAGACGAAGACACCUUAGCUAGAUAAAUAAAGCUGAUUAAGGGUCAGGAGCAACGGAUAGUUAAUGGUUUGAGUGGGCGUCAAAGUAAAAUAUAGAAAUUGUGGGGCGAAUUGAAGAAAUGUGGGAAGAAGUGAAGGGUGUAAUUGUAAUGCUGGUGGUUCAGUUUAUGUACGCAGGAAUGUUCGUUUUGUUUAAGUUAACGGCCAAAGACGGUGCAAAUCUCAGAGUCCUUGUGGCUUAUCGUCUCGUCUUCGCUACGCUUUCCAUGCUUCCGCUCGCCCUCAUCUUCGAAAGGGAGAAGCGGCCAGAAUUUACAUGGAGGCUGCUCUUAUUAGCAUUUCUUUCGGGGCUGCUCGGAGCGGCGAUACCAAAUUUUCUCUAUUUGCCGGGCCUGGCUCUUACAUCAGCUACAUUUUCGACUGCGGUCAGUAUCCUUGGUCCGUUGAUCACCUUGGUACUGUCAUUGGUUUUUAGGUUGGAAACUCUACGGCUGGGAUCGAACGAAGGGAGAGCUAAGCUGGUGGGAACGCUGCUUGGUGCCACUGGGGCCAUCGUGUUUGUAUUCUACAAAGGUGUUGAGAUUCAUAUCUGGUCAACACACGUUGACUUACUUAAAAGCUUGAACACUCAUCAAACAAAUAGCCGAGCCACUUCGAACCACCACAUCUCAAUCCCAGGGGUUCUUAUGGUUUUUGGCAGUAACAUUUCUUUCUCAUUUUGGUUACUAUUGCAGGCAAAAGAGAGAAUGCAAGACAAAACAGAGCUAUUGUUUAUUAAAUUGGCAAAAAUAGGCAAGGAACUUGGAGGACAUUGUUGGAACAUAAGUCUGAUGAAUGCGAUGGGAAGCUUGGUGUGCGUGGUUGUUGCACUCUGUUCGAAUCAUGACUGGAAUCAAUGGCGAUUAGGAUGGAACAUUAACCUCCUCACCACGAUUUAUUCGGGAGUCGUGGUUUCAGGACUGGCCAUGCCUCUUGUUGCGUGGUGCGUUAAAACAAAAGGGCCGUUAUAUGUUACGAUGUUUAGCCCUGUAAGGCUGGUGAUCGUAGCCCUAGCCGGAUCAUUUGCUUUAGAGGAAACGCUUCAUUUGGGAAGUAUAAUCGGUGCAAUGAUAAUGGUGGGAGGAGUAUACCUAGUGGUAUGGUGUAAAAUGAAGGAAGCCAAGAGUGUCUCUACGACACCGGACCACAUUGAAACAAAUAAGAAUAUCAAAGAAGUGAACCUUGGCAAUCUCUCAGCAGUUAAUAAUAGAGAUGUCCCGUGAAUCUACCAUAUGGCCGCAUCAUCAAAUAAAGUUUACCGCAGAAAUCUAAUAGAUACAGGAAUUAUAAAAUCCAUCUCUGAUUAGCUGAAUUUGUGUUUAGCCUUUAGAGUUUGGACUACUAAAUGGAGAAAUUGGACAAUAUCUUUCAUUUUCCCCUGUGACUUCAAUAUUAAAAAGCAC